UGUUGGUGGUCGACCUUGUGGAGGAAGACUUCUGCCUUUGGGGAAUGAAAGAGAAUGCCCAGUGGAAAGUUGAAGAACAAUCUGUUGAUCUUGGGAAACCACCUGUAAGAAGUGUUAGUGGUGGGGGUGUGCUUUAAUGGGAGCAAGCUGUCAAGGUUCUUCCUGCAUUGCAAAAAAGCAACUGGUAGUGAGAAAGUGGUAAAAAAUAAUAUUCUUAGCUCAGUGGUAAAGACAUGAAUCCCGUUGGUAAAAGUGUUGAAAACGUUGUAGCGGGAGGAAGUGGAUAUUUAUGCCUGAAAAAUGGUCCAGAAGCAAAUGACGCAGAACAAGUUGUCGAGUGGCAGCAACCGAAGUGAACAAUAUUUACAGCAGUUCCAUGCCAUCUCAAGAGAUUCGUUCACUGUACAUAGACCUACUGUCAACGACCGUCUGUGUGCAGGGGUGUGGAAAAGGAAGAAAUUGUAUUCCCAAAAGGGAUCUUUCCUCUAAAACGACACAUUUGUGCAAUAAUUAAAUUUACACGCGUGUUCGUGAAAAAACAGAUUUUUUUUUACCAAGAGAAUAAGUGUUUAUUUAUAGACUCGUGCCCCAUGUCGGGACGAAUUUGACAACAGGAAAUUUGAUUUUUGGCACGGCGAAGAGAAAUACCUGCCAAAGGAACAGAAAGGACCGGAGCUCAGGAAAAGGCGCACCACGUGAAAGUUUCGAAUAUUUAAAUCCCGCUGGCAGCAAUCCCAUUUUGCGUGGGCAGGAAGUGCUUUCAGCAUCAAGGUGACACAAUUGUGCAAAGAUUACUAUUGAAAGACCCGAUAAAAGGUAGUAGAGAACACAAAGGCGGUCCUACCUGAGGGAGAAACCUUCCAACAGAACGCUUCGUGAAGACCUUCAGCAGCCCAGGGGUUGGGGAUAUUCGACUGGUUCUGCUCACGACGGCAAGCGUGCUAUUUAUUUAUUCGUUCGCGCUCAGUGCCACGGCAGUUUCUUCAACGUACGAAAUUGGAUCAAAAUCAGCGUAUGGACAGUGAACGAUAAACCCGAAAGAAACAAAUCACUCUGGGUUCAAGAAGCGUGCCAAAGCAUUCACAACACACGCACCAACAGAUCGCGAAAGAGAAGAUAACUCGAACAGAGCGUGGAAGAAGGACUAACGCAAGCUUGAAGUUUGUACGUUUCUAUGCAAGAGCCCACACGCCGGUGUGUGAGUGUGAGCGUGUGCCCUGACCAAUUUCCCCACACACACUCACACAUUUAACGUGCCCGUGGUGACCCGAAGAGCGUAUCCGCCGGGGCCCCCUCCCCGUGUGUAGAAGAGAACAUGAAUCAUGGCAAAACUUCGUCAUUACAGGACCAUGACGGCAAUAUGCUUCGUCUGCAAUCUGCCCAUCAUGUCUCACCAGGUGGGACUGGUCUGGCAAGGCGGCAAUGGCUGGGACGAUCUCGUACGGGAACAGGUCGAAGAGUCCACCGUGCGACAACGGCUCGGUGGACGAAGGGACUCGGCUGCUCAAAUCAGUGGGGCAACACCUCCUAGUACUUCACCGCCACCAGGUGCCCAACGUCGCCGUCGCAGUUCGCUGGCUCAGUUAACCGACAUAUUGCGCGAAUGGAGUGGUGGCGGCUCAAAACGGCAGAAAGCUCCACUCAAUCGCCGCGAAACGUUAGCUGACCUCGCGCGAAGUCUACCAUGGAGCAAAGCCAAUACCGUAGAUAGUUAUACCAAUAGCAAUAACAACUCUGGUCAUGCACCUCCGCUCCGCAAACGGCGUGAAUCUAGUGCCGACUCGGGAGUCAAGAGCAUGUCGUGCCGGAAAGACUCGUACGUUGCCGAUUUUCGUGACUUCCGCGAAAGAGAGCGCGAAUUGGACCGAGAGCGGGAGCGCGAAAGAGAACGCGAGAGAGCUAGAGAACGCGAGCGUGAAGAGUAUCUCUACAAUGCAGAAAGCUACCGGAAUGGCUCCCGUCGUAACUCGAACGACUCCAGUCGAGACCGGUCAUCACGCCGAGACUCAACUAUUGGAGGAACGGCAACUCCACCUCUUCCCAAAGUAGUUAGCACCCAGCGGAAACAGCAGAACCGGAAGGAUUCGCUCACCGUAACAGAAAUGCCCAAUUUCCGCCAGGAACAGCGCCCGUCGACCAGUUCGACGGCGUCCGAUUCAGCCCCCCUAUACAUGCCCGUAGGCCAGGUGGAUUCCGCCUGUCAGUCCAUCCAGCCCCCGACCAUAAUCAUGAGUUCGGUAACGCCCCCGGCCACCAGUCCCACCGCGCAAAAGGGUCGUCGCGAUUCGACGACCCAGUGCGGGACCAAAAUGUCCCGCCGCGAUUCCCGUGUAAGUCCUGAACGUGCCCAGCGGCUUUUGAAGCUGCAAAGACAAGCCACUGCCUACGACGAGAGCUGUCUGCCACCGGGUGGAUGGAGCAGGCGCAGCUCCCAGCCAGCGCUUAGUCCGGACGGAGAGGGUCCCGAGCGUCAAGCGAGACGGGAUAGCCUCAGUCCGGACAGUGCUUCCAGAGGCCGCCGUGACUCCCGCACGCAUCUUUCGCCAGAUCGAAGCCACGAGCGUGAAGGAAGCCCUCGGCGGGGACGUCGCCUUCGAAGACAAUCAUCAUCCGCCGCUCGGCAGCCUCGUUCGCCAGACUCGAGCAGUUGCUGCUCAUCUCGAGAUGGGAGUCCGUGCGCCCGUCCUCCACCUCUACCGGUGGAGAAUGCUGUGCGGCCCUCAAUACGCCGCCAGUCGACGACGGAGGAGAUUCUGAUAGCUCGAGGCUUUCGCCGCCAAAGCACCACCGAGGAGAUGAUUCGAUGCCGGAACUUUCGCCGCCAAAGCUCGCAGAGCGACGACACCUGCCGCUACCGUGGUCGGCGAGACUCGUGCGCCCAGAUCAUCGAUGGCACCGUUAGUACCAUGACAGUGGAAACCACUAGUACGUUUUUUGAUUCUAGUACUCAAACAGAACCAUCGCCACUGUAUGAGAACAACCACUAUCACGAGGAAUGUUUGAGGUGCAACUCAUGCGGUCUCAACUUAACCGGCCCCAACCAGAAGAGAGCAAGACGUUUCAAGAAUCAAAUCCUCUGCGAUCUACACUUCGCAGACGUGGCCCUAAUGGAGUGCUCGGACUUUAUGCAACAGCUGCGCAGCUUUAAGCCACAAUCUUUGGGAUGUGCUGUGGCCCGGCGGAAAAGUUCGACCACGCUCAUCUUCCCGCUCCCGCCGCAAGCUUGUUCAGACGAAUUCUGCGAGGACUACCCGCACACUCUGAUUCCCACGCCGGGCUAUUGGAUCGAAUGCUCCCGCCAGAAGAUAGCCUUCCCCAACCAGCACACGAUAUGGGACGACAGCGAAUCGGAGCACGAGGACGUCGCCCGCGGAGGCAUCGAACCACAGCUGGAACGCAACUGCAGCGACCUGUACGAAGACGACGAAGAUUCGGACAACGUGCCAAGUCAGCAUUUCCGCAGAAAAAAGACAGCGAUCGAGGAGCAGUGGGAACAGCAGCAAGGUUUCGAACUUACCUCCGUCGAGCAGGAAACGUACGAGAAGUACUUCUACGGGACCGAGCACUGGAACUACUUCACCAACGACGAGGACCUCGGCCCGGUGAUCCUCUCGAUCAAGCAGGAAACGAUCAACGGACGCGAUCAAUUUAGGAUAUUAGUUAGAGCUAUUUCGUACACCGUACAUGGACUGAUACCAGCCUCUUGUGUUUUUGCUGAUAGGUAUAAUAGAGAAGAAGUAGUUAGAUCGUUAGGUAAAGAAGUAAACUUAAAUCCACCUCUGACGUUAGGACAAUUGCCAGACACACCGGAGGAACUUUUGAAGCUGGACCAGGUUUUCAUAAAAUCUGAACUGAAAGUGGGCGUGAUCUAUGUGAAGGAGGGUCAAUAUACAGAAGAACAAAUUUUAGACAAUAAUGAAAAUUCACCGUUAUUUGAGGAAUUUUUACAGCUACUAGGUGAUAAAGUUAGAUUACGUGGUUUUGAUAAAUACAAAGGCGGCCUUGACACUGUUCAUGAUUUAACAGGACUUUACUCCGUUUAUACAAACUGGCGUUCGAUAGAGAUUAUGUUUCACGUUUCCACACAGCUGCCGUACGAGCGGCACGACCCCCAGAAGCUACAGCGGAAGCGCCACAUCGGUAACGACAUCGUGUGCGUGGUGUUCCUCGAGGCGGACAACACCGCCUUCAGUCCGGCGUGCAUCAAGAGCCAUUUUUUACACACCUUCAUUCUGGUCCGCGUAUCGGCCCGUAUCAAGCGGAAACCGACUCGCUACGAGGUUUCGGUCGUCACGAGAGACGAAGUUGGUGCCUACAAACCGUACCUCUGGGAGCAGUCGGUGUUCGAAAAGGGUCCAAUGUUUCGAGAGUGGCUGCUAACGAAGAUUGUCAACGGCGAGCGAGCAUCCUACUCGGCGCCCAAGUUCGCUCGGAUGCAGGAACGCACCCGUUCGCAGAUGCUCGAAGACAUCGUGGCCAACCUGGCGAACCAUGCCGAAACCGGACAGAUCCCCAAACCAUACCGAAGGGGUUCGUGGAGACCCAUCGGUGAGGAUCCUUGCAUGUUACGAGUGACAGUUAGUUGCUGUAUGCGACUCUAUGUGCCACAUAGACACAUGAGGCCUUCUUCACCGUUACUAGAUUCGGUUAGAGAUCAGUUCGAAGACUACGAUCAAUUAGCGAAAGAUUUUACACGCGUAUUUUUAAAUCUGGAACCUUCGUGUCUCCAGAACGCACAGUUAUUCGACGUAGUAUUUCUAGUAGGGCAGCAAUCCAAACAGCGGGCCCGCUUCAUAGGCGUACGUGCCAUCCUCGGCGUCAGAAGUCGUGUCUUUCAGGAAAUGCUUUACGGCAUUCAAACCGGUUUCGGAUCACCACAGGUGCCGGUUGCGGAGCUACUGGCUCGGCCUGCCCCAACUCUUCUCUCUCCACAGAAUCUACGUCCCAAGAGUAGCAACUUCCUGCAAGUGCCCGAUAUUGAAUCACCUCGACCAAAAAGUGUUCCCUCGUCGCCAAUGGUGAAGCGAGCCUUCUCACGGCUCGGAACGAUAACCGCUGGCUGGGGCCGGUCUAUACGAAAGCAGCAAUCGCAGCUCAAUGCCGACGACAAGAAGAAGUGGGCUUCCUCCCAGGAUUGCUCCGAUAAAGAUGGCAAGGAAAGCAGUUCCAAAAGCAAAGCUAACGCAGGGCAGCUGGCCGUUCCACGGCUUUCGGUUUGUGCUGAUGCCCAAAAGGUUGACCGCGCUAAGCUGGCACAGACUGAGUUUACUAUAAUCGAAUUCGAUCCGGAGACAUUCCGAGUGCUUCUCGACUACCUGCAUACCGGCAGUUGUCCGUUGACGUGUAUAUCAAUUCCUGGUCUCAUUUGUGCUGCAGAACACUACGACUUACCCGAGCUUCUGCAAGCUUGCUUCCACCACGCAAAACAGUUUCUACGAAUAGAUGCCGUUUGCCCGAUGCUAACAGCCCUCGAGAACUACUACUGGCGAUAUACGUCUGCCUCGGAACUUGUGAACAUGAUACUGGCGUUCGUUGAAACACGCGCCUAUGCCCUUUUCCAGGCGACCGAGUUCCUAACAUUGAGCGAAAGCAUGGUCCAAAUGAUCAUGUGUCGAAAUCUGGAAAUACCCGAAGUUCGCAAAUUUGAAGCUAUGCUAGCUUGGGCAAAACACAAGGUGAAAUCGAAAGCUUCAGCCAAAACAGAUGCCAAAGUUGAGUUCCGCUGCAUCAUGGAGCGUCUGGCCCGUGACCUGAAGCUCCACCGAAUAUCGCCGCAGGAACUCAUCAAAAUCGUGCUUCCUUCAAAGGCCAUCAAGAACGAGCGCAUCCUGGAAACGUUGAUGUAUCAAGCGAACAGCGGCAUGUACAGGAUACAGGAUAGCUAUCUGGAGGCAUGCCAGCAGCGGCUGCAGAAACAAGACUCCCGCUACAGCGAGUGGGGCGAGAGCUUCGACUGUGGCUUAUAGGACGAGGAUCAGCUGUAGUGAAGCAGCUGAUCCUCACCAUUCCCGAACCAUACCCAACACCGGACUUUGUUCGAUCAACCACAUUCCCAGUCGAACCUUAUUGCGUCGGUUGUGCUAUUGUCAAACAUAGCCACGGCCAGCAUUUACGAUGACUGCUCUUCUUGGACCCGUCGUUCGGGUUAGGCUUUAUUGUUAUAUGUUACGGAUGUGCUCUAGAGAUUAUGUAUAGAGGAAUUGUUGUUCCUUUUCGUUAGAUGUGUGUACCGAGAGUGGGCCUCCCUUUCGGGCAUGUAGGUACUAGGCGAACGGCGUUCGAUUGCUGCUGUUUACUGUUAUUGGGCGUGGUGUGAUAGAUUUUAUCAGGAUGUGUUUAUGUCCUUUCGCGGCUGUUUGUUAACCUGCGACGAGAUAGCCCAGACCGCGGCGAAGCUUCUCAUUUUAUUUUGUUACGAUUUUUUUCUAAUGCUUAAUAGUGAGGACUGAAAUUACUAAAACCACAACUAUUCAGCCACUACUCUAUUCGUUGCCUCACGAAAUUUCAACAAACUAAGUUAUGUACAUCCAGACUGCAAGCUUUAUCACUUGAUAUAGCGAAUCUUGAACUGAGACUUCAUACGGUAUACAGACAACAAAGAAGCAUCGUAAGGAAAAUAACACUUCAAGAGUGACGCAUAUUUUAUCGCCACAUGUUAGAGUACAAAAGUAAGCAUGCUGAGACCGUAGAGCAUCGUCUCGGUUAGUAGUGACGUCACAUGUUUACAUUCAAACCAUUCAAACUGAAUGUUUACAUAUGUGCUGAGCUUGCUAUGUUGUUUGUAUGCCGUGGAGACUUCAUAUGCAUUAUUUCCAGUGAAAACUAGAUGUACGAACAUUGAUAUUUAAUUUCUAUAUAUCAUAUGGUAUGCCUCGUAGUCUGGACGACACAUAGAUAGGCUUUCUUGCGCUCGACAAAAUCGGGCAUCGCUGUAACAGAGACGAACUUCAGCAAAGUAGGUAUUGCUUUUGUUAGGU